AUCUGUCACAAUUAUACCAAACACAACUUGUAAAAACUAUUGAAUUUGCAACUCCUUUAAAAGCAACAUCACAUUGUACAAAAAAAUAAAACUUAUCAAGCCAAAAAAUUAAAUAUAUCCUAAGCAAUGAGCUUUUGAAUCUUGCGCAAACAGUGACUUUUCGUGACUUCGUGCGUCUUUGAGUUUGCGUGAGUGGCCACGGAACAGCCACGGAAUAUUUGCCCAUCCCUAGCGCGACCAAUAGAACAGAAAUUUGUGUUUUUGUGAAAAUUGGCUUUGGACCUGCUAGAGCUUCAGCGCCAGGUGUAAAUUCCGCUGAGAGGGAUGUCCGGAAAGCUGGAGCAGCGGUUGGUCGACACGGGCACCGCCUGUCUGGUCUGCCUCAGGGACGAGCCGCUGGAUACCUGUUCGAUCUAUGGGCGCGACACUGAGCCACCGCAUCUGCGGAUCGUGGACAAGAUUCGGAGCUGCACCAGCCUCCAGCUGGGGGAGAACUUGACCACCUGGCCGGACAAGAUCUGCCGCCAAUGCCACAUGGAGCUGACGGUAACCUAUCGCUUCCGCGAAAAGUGCGCCGCUGUGGAGGUGCUGCGUCAGGAGCGGCAGCUCAAAAUGAACUUGGAGCAGCACCAUCUGCGGCUGCCCCGGACGCUGAAGAUCGAGCGCGUAGGACUAGACCUGGAGCCAGGCUCUUCCGUCAGUGGCGCCGCCACCCUAACGGAGGUAAUUCAGGCGGUGGACGACGAGCCGCCGUACUCCUUCCAGGACGAAGGCGGGGACAUCAGCCUACUGCCGGACUCUUCCGGAGCUCUCGUUUUGUCCCUCAACGCGUCCCUCGACUCCACCGAUUUGGUCAAACAGGAAUCGAGGGAUAAAACGUGCUCCGAGGGAGAAGAGGACAAGAUGCUGGCGCUCCCGCCGUGGGACGAGGAUCACACGCCGGAGCACCUGUACGAGAUCGAGACGCAGCUGGAGAGCUUGGUGGGCAGCCCGACGUUGGACCAGCCGCCUGCCCCACCGCCGUCGAAUACACCGCGGAAGCGACCCUACCGUCGGGUUACUCCCGUCAAGUAUGCCGACUACCAGCCCGGAUCCUCCAUUGCGGCCGUGCCAUCCACGAAGCGCCGGCAUACCGAGCGCUCGCCAAAGAUAUGUGAUGUGUGCGGGAACACGUACAAGUACCAGCACGCCCUAAACGCCCAUAUGCGGCGGCACAACAACGAUCGUCCGUAUCCGUGCGAGGUGUGCCAGAAGGCGUUCAUUUCGAACGUGGAGCUACGCCGUCACAUGCGCGUCCACACCGGCCAGAAGCCGUACAGCUGCCGGUUCUGCGAUCGCAGCUUCUCCGACUUCGGCAGCAGCAAGAAGCACGAACGCAUCCACACCGGGGAGCGUCCGUAUGUGUGCGAGGUGUGCCAGAAGGGAUUCGCCUACGCCCACGUCCUCUCCGUCCACCGGCGCACGCACACCGGCAAGAAGCAGUUCCAGUGCCCCCACUGCGUCAAGGGCUUCACCAAGAAGAGCUAUCUGGCGGCCCACAUGGCGCAGCACGGCGGAUCGCUGGCCGAUGAAACCGGGCCGGGGACUAAGAGCAAUACCUUGGGUAGCACCAACAAUGUGCGUCCGAACGGGCGCAAAGAGACUUUCAUCCUGGACUCGGUCGUCCUGGGGGAUCAGAGCAAGGUCCUAGAGGAGUGCAUCGUCACCAAUGACUUCAUGUUCAAGGACCAGGACCCGGGAGCCGAUGACUCGCGCGAGGAGGAUGCCGAGAACUGCGAGGCGAGCGACCAUCAGAACGGCCAGCCAGUGCUGGAGCAUCAUCGUUCGUCGUAUCCGGGUGCGGAUUUCGUUGACGUGGACGGGUAUCAGGGCGUGGGCGAUCUGCUGGACGGCGGGGAGUUUGUCGACGAUGCCAAGUAUCUGAUCGACUAGUACGAGUGCCGUCUGCUGCCGCUAUCCGAGUAUUAGCCAGUCCAUCCUGGAGUCACUAAACCACCCCCACCCACCCCUAGACCCGGCAGUUAGUCCGGCAGUUAGUAACUAACUAGCUUUAAGUCUAUCGCUACUGUAUUAGGUGUACAAAUAAAUAAACUGAGAACGUAUGCAAUAAGUAACUAUUAAUGUGGUUUUGUCAAUUUUUUGUAUUUUCCAUCGAAGGGAUCUUUCUGUUUUUCUGUUUUAGUUUUUAAUUUGUAAAUAUGUAUAUAUACUCUUGUAAUUAGCGAUUAGUCAUUAACUAUUUAAAAUAUAAAUAUAUAUUGUAUAAAACAUAUAUCUCUUAAGAUCCGAGACUAAUAUUCUCUCUAGAUUGUUUUAUUUUCUUUUUAAUUAUUAAUUAUUCUUAGAAUUUCUGAAAUUCCUUAGAAAAAACAUAAGUUUUAGUUUAUUUUUUUAACAUUGAAAAUUUAAUAGUAUUAUUUUUAAAUAUAUAUAUAUAGAAAUUCUUAAAGAAAACUUUACAACCUAGUUGAGACAUUCAGAUUUACGCUUCAUUAGCUCAUAUUUUUUGCCACAUGAUUGGUUUUUUUUUAAAGAAACUUUACAAUAUUAUGUUUGGCAGACAAUUAUAUAAUAACCACGUCCCAAGACUCUCCAAAAAAAAAAUACAUUCUUCUCGAAGCAAUCUGUGUAAACAAGAGCCGGGAAAGAUGGCCCAAAGCGGUCUUAGUUCUGCCACGAAUUCCAAAAAUUAUUGUUUUCGGCAAAUGCGGAACAACUGUGCAAACGGCGGGCACAGUGGACACCCAGUAAGACAGCCGCUUCUAAAUUCUAGCUAGUUUAUUGGAUGCUCGGGUUAGUCAAGUAUCAAGUUUCUCUCUCUUAUAUAUGGAACUGGGGGGGGACGGGCAAUUGUUCUAGGGUGAGUGCGUCGUAGCCGGUGGCCACUGUACUGGGCACCAGCCAUCGGCCACCGGCUUCUUCGAUUCUGUGGCCACGUUCUCGAACCGGUUUUGCCGAACCGGACAACUAACUGGAGCUGGGAGAACUACGGCGAGGUCAACGCUUCUUCGGGUCGGGUGAGGGUUCGGGAUGGAAACAAAAAAAAAAUCAAAUUC